GCCGGACUUCCUCCCGGCGGAGCGGGCCGGGGCGGCGGGGAUGGGGCGCUGAGCGGCGGGCUGCCAUGAGCUCCGUGUGGAAGCGGCUGCAGCGCGUGGGCAAGCGGGCGGCCAAGUUCCGCUUCGUCGCCUGCUACCAGCAGCUGGUGGUGGAGUGCACCAAGAAAUGGCAGCCCAACAAGUUAGUUGUGGUCUGGACUCGGAGGAACCGGCGGAUCUGCUCCAAGGCUCACAGCUGGCAGCCGGGCAUCAAGAAUCCUUAUCGGGGUGAGGUGGUGUGGAUGGUGCCAGAGAAUGUGGACAUUAUGGUCACGCUUUAUCGGGACCCUCACGUGGAGGAAUAUGAAGAUAAAGAUUGGACCUUUGUGGUGGAAAAUGAAUCCAAGGGGCAACGUAAAGUGUUGGCCUCGGUGGACGUGAACCUCAAACGCUUUGCCAGCCAGACACCCGCCCAGGUGGACUUGAAGCUGCAGCUGAAGCCGAAGUCGGUAAAAGUCGUGGCUGCCUCCCUCCAGCUCACUCUCUCGUGUGUCUUCUUGCACGAGGGAAAAGCCACGGAUGAAGACAUGCAAAGCUUGGCCAGCUUGAUGAGCUUCAAGCCCUCCGACAUCGGCAACCUGGAGGAUUUUGCUGACAGCGACGAGGAGGCUGAUGAAGCUUUGAAACACAGUCGGGCAGAGGAUGCGGCGGGCCGCAUGGCGUCCCCUCAAGACGCCUUUCGGGAUCUGAACACCUUGGCUGAGGAAGGGGAGGACCCGUCUGGCCAUCCUCCGUCGCCUUCCAAGGCGUGCCGCAAGGAAGCCGUGGCAGCGGUCUCCGAGCCAGCCGUGGUGAGCCGUGGAAAAGUCUCCGGAGAUUCCAAGGCCGCUCCUGUUGCUUCUGAGGCGCUCUCGUCUGACGUAAGUGGUGAGGAGUGUACCGGGAGUGCGGGGCACGGCGGGGUGAGCGGUGCACGGCCGGCGGGAGCACCGAGUGGCAUCCCAGGAGGGCCGGGGACCAGGAACCGCGUGGCGGACACUUCCCAAGCAUCAGUGCAGGCAGGGGCUGAAGAGGAGAACGCAAGCACGGGGCCGGGACAGCCAGCGUUGCCGAGCGCCACCGACACAAGGCCCAACGAUAUCUGGAAACCCCGGGAACAGCGCCCUGUUUCUCCACCACCAAGGAGAAAGAGCACGCCAAAGGAAUCUGUUGAGAGAUUCCUUUUGCCGUUUACAUCCGAGGAUCCCCCCGUGCAGAAACGCAUGCGGGGGGAGGCGACGGGGUGCUUGGACCCCCCGGCUCCUGUGGUGGAGACACCUGCACUUCGGGAGGACAGCCUGGUUCCUCUUCCCACGUCCGUUAGGCUGGAUAGCCCACCCCUGGACAAAACAGGACACGAGAGCCGGGGGGAGAUGGCGCCUUUUCUGUCCCUGCUCGGGAGCUCAGUGGUGAUGUGUUUUAUGGAGAAUGCAGCCCUUGCCAAAGGCGAUCCUGUUGUCAUCACCGGCAAGCCAGAUGCCCCGGGAUUGUCUCUGGAUGCAGCCUGCCUGGCUCUCCCUCCCAUCGGGGGCCCAUCACCAGCAGCGUGGGAUUUUCCGGAAGCCGCAGCGGGUGAAGUCCAGGACAUCACGGAAGAAGACCCUGUGCUGAGCGCCACUCCUGAAGUGCCAAGUGGCGGUGUUCUGUCGGAGCCGGUGGAAGACGCCAGAGAAGGCGAUGCUGAGAUGGCGACGGAGGAUGUGAAGGAGGAAGAGCCAAAGAGGAUCAAAGAGGGGCUUUGGGGCAGCGAGGCAGGGGCUGUGCCGAAAAAGGCUUUGGAGCUGUCCGCUGGAAUGGAGGAGGAGAAGGGUGAGGUUGACGGGCAGGGGAGUCGGAGGGCAGAGGAGCCCUUGGCGCCUGCCUUAGAAACCCUCCCUGCAGAGGAGGUGGCCCAGAUUGUGGGUGAGGCAGGUGAGGGGGGUUCCGAAAAGGUGGAUGUCCCUCUAGACAGGCUUUCUCCAGGAUCCUCCUCGCAGCGAGGACAGCUGGGGAUGGAGAACGAGGCAGGCAGCCCUGGGUCAGGACUUCUGCCUUCGCCUCCGGAGACGGAUAGGGACGAGACGGGUGGGGGGGCCCUGCUGGAGGAACCCCCCCUCGCUCCUGCUGCUCUGCCUGACCUGGAGGAGGGGAGGAAAGCUGGGGGGGGACUGGCAGUGGCAGGGGGCACUCCCCAAAGCCCUUUGGAACAGCCAGGACCCCGGAGGUGGGAAAGCGAGAACGAGGGAACCGGGGAUAGAAGGGAUGCAGAAGGGAGGGGAGUCCCUGUGGGGGCUGAAAUGGAGCGUGCUGUGACCAAGGAUGGAGAGCAACAAGGUCAGGAGGAAGGUGGCCAGAAGAAACAUUCAGAAGAUGUCCUGGAAGAUGCCACCACAGAAGCCCGUCUGAAUGGGAGCCCGGAGGCUUUGGGCCGAAUGUGGCCAGAUGACCCAGAAGUUUGGGGCUCAGGUUCGCCUUGGGACAGUGGUCCCACCUUGGAAAGACCCCAGGCUUCCCAGGAUGGCCCCCCAAGCCAAAGUCUGCCAGACCAUGGAGAAGAAAGCCCAGAGAGGCCCUCGGAAGGGCGUGGAUUGUCCGAGAGACCCACAGAGCUGGAGGCUGCCCCCUCGGAUGCUCCCUGCCUGCCAGCAUCUCGGGAUUCUGCCCUGCCUGCCCCAGGUCCCCGUAGGAGCUCUGGGCCCUGCCAGGAAGCCCCAGGGCUGAGCCCCGUGCCCCGUGGCAUAGCCCCAGAUUUGGGACCUGAAGGGAAAGACCAGGCCAAGCCCCUCAGCAGCCCCGCGCUGGUGAAUUCCAGCCAGGGCCUGCUCCAGUGGUGCCAGGAGGUGACAGCUGGCUAUCGUGGGGUCCGCGUGACCAAUUUCACGACGUCUUGGCGCAGUGGCCUGGCUUUCUGUGCCAUUCUGCACCACUUCCAUCCAGAGAAGAUCAAUUACGAAGCUCUGGAUCCACUCGAUAUCAAGCAGAACAAUAAACUGGCCUUUGAUGGCUUUGCCACGCUGGGCAUCUCUCGGGUGAUGGACCCAGCCGACAUGGUGUUCCUGACGGUGCCCGAUCGGCUGAUCGUCAUGACAUACCUCUGCCAGAUCCAAGCAUUUUUCACCGGGCAGGAGCUGAACGUGGUGCAGUUUGCCAGCCACAGUAGCGAAACCACCUACAAGGUGGGCAAGUUCGACUCGGAUUCCUCCGGAUCCAUUGAUCCGGCCGUUUUUUACUCCCAACAUCUGCAGAGUAACACUAGCCAGGGAGAGAAGCUGGGGAGGCUGGAUGCCAAGGAGGAUUCUGGGAAAGCCACAGGGUUGGACGUUAUGGCAGAGGAAAAACAGGAAGCAGAAGGGAGCCCUGCUCUCCCAGAGAAUUCUGGGAAGGCUGAGGAGGCAGCCUAUGCGAAGGAUUCUGGGAAUGAAGCCCCCCGCAACGAGAGCGAGGCACAGCCAGGCAUGGAGCAGGAGAACGGCUCGGGGGUGGCGGGCAGUGCCGUCGCCAAAGGAUCGGAAGCCGAAAACAGGGUUGCCCCUGAAGGACGUAAAGCCGCACUUCUUGGUCCUGUGGAUUAUAAAGCCAAGAGCGCCAAUGCCAAUGAGAAAGUGGCAGGCGAAGGUGCCCCGAACGCCCAGCAUCUUCCGGCCGAAAGCUGCAACCCAGCCAGUUUGGUCAACGGUGCCCCUCCGGCCUUGGAACAGGGGGUGGCCCCAGAGGUUCAGACCCCAAGGCACGAUGGGGAGGGGCUGGCCAACAGCUCCCCAGCUGCCCCCAGCCGGGACCAGGAGGAUUCUGGGAGCUGUGGGGCGGAGGCGGCCAAGGGCGGGGGGAGGCCGUCAGCCGGCCAGGAGGAGAAAGUGGUCGCCCCUCCCCGGCCAAAACGGCUCGCCUCCCGCAGCAGCGUGGAGCGCCCCCUGCAGCGCGCCCUCUCGGUGGGCAGCCCGGGCCCCGUCGUGCCUCCCCGGCCCCACGCCGCCAAGUCUGCCUUUGCUCACGUGCGCGAUGCGGACCUGGUGAAGAAACGGCGCUCACGGCUGAAGAGCGAGUCCUUCUCGGUGGACGAGGCAGAGGGGGACGGACAGGCAGAGGAGCUCGGCCAGCGACCGGCUGUGGAUAAUGUUCACAAUGAAGGGACAAAGGCCCAGCAAACAAAACAACAAGCCUCUUCAACUGUUACUUCCCCGGAUCAACCUCUGGACUCCGGAUUCAAAAACAGCAACAACGAAGAAGAAAUUCCAAAAUUUCAAGAUACCAGCCAGUACGUGAUUGCCGAACUGCGGGCUUUGGAGUCCGAACAAAAGCAAAUUGAUGGGCGGGCAGCUGUGGUAGAGAAGGACCUGCGGAGUCUGAUGGAAACAGGCACAGACAAGCUGAAGGAGGAGGAACUGAUCCAAGAAUGGUUCACGCUGGUUAAUAAGAAGAACGCCCUGAUCCGGCGGCAGGACCAGCUACAGCUGUUGAUAGAAGAGCAAGACCUGGAACGACGGUUUGAGCUCCUGAGUCGUGAGCUUCGCGCCAUGAUGGCUAUUGAAGACUGGCUCAAAACAGAAGCCCAGCAGCAACGGGAGCAGCUGCUGCUGGAAGAACUGGUUUCACUGGUGAAUCAGCGGGAUGAAUUAGUCAGAGAUCUGGAUAUCAAAGAGCGGAUAGCUUUGGAAGAAGACGCCAGAUUGGAACGAGGGUUACAACAAAGACGCCACAAGCUGAGUCGUCGGGAAAAAUGCCGUGUCAGCUGAGAAGGGCUUAGCCUUUUUCUCCACCCCCUGCAGUGUUGCAAGGCCCCAUCUGUUUCCUGGACCACCACCUACCUUGGGCCCCAAUGUUGCCCGGCCUGCUCACUCGUCUGUCCGUGCAAAGGAGGACUGCUAAGUGGACUUUCCCCCACUUUUGAGGGGGCACAAGUUAAGAUGCACUUCCCUUCCCCCCCUCAUGCCCUGCUGAAAGACAAACUUUCCAUGGGAAAUUUAUAGGACAGGGCUCCCCGUUUAUCUCGGGGAGCGGUUUGCAAAAACCUGUUUUAGAAACUAUUUAUUGGAUUGCGUGUGUGUGUAUGUGUGUGCAUGCCGGGCGGUUCGGGGUUUGUUCCUCCUCCGUUUUGAUGAAGCUUUGCAAGGCACUGUCUUUUAUUUUGGAUUUUUUUUUUUAAACAAUCCACGCUUGAUGGUACCAAAGCCGCAGAGUGCCUUUCAUGCUCUUAAGUGCCAAACGGGGUGAUGGGCAAGCUUUAUGCCCACCUUCUCCUGAAUUUGGGCUUCAUCCCUGCUGAGUAUUUGCACUAAACCCAUACUGGACUUUGGAAUAAAUGCUUUGAAAGUAGAACCACCUGGUGAGUGAUGCAAAGGGCCAGAGGCAGAGCCAGACAGAAUGAGUUCAGUCUUAAUUGUAUGGGCUGCAUUUUCUGCUAUCAAAUGGCUGGUGAAGAUGUCAGCAAUGGAAUAUUGAUGAAUAAUGUUCCUUACAGGAGGGAAGUGAAAGGUUAGCCCAAUUCUGGGAAAUCUAGUUAAGAGCAGGGUGAGUUUUCCUGCAAGAACUGAUCCUGUGAAAAAUCUGUCUGGCCCGUUCUUGGUGGGAGACAACCAUGAGCUUCAUUUAGAACAGCAUUUCCCAACCUUGGCAAGGUCCAGAUGUGUGGACUUCAACUCCCAGAAUUCCACAGCCAGCACAGCCAUUGAUGAGAAUUCUGGGAGUUGAAGUCCACAUCCUGGGAAAUCGCUACCACUGAUUUAGAAGCUGUUUCCGCUCUGGAAGCUGCUAAUCGCUGCCCGAUCAAAGUUUUGGCAAGGCAGGUUUUCAUUCCCACUGAAGCAACAGAACAGCCACAUCAAAGUGUCCUUUUCACUGUUUUAAAAGCCAGGAGAAUCAAUGGUAUGUCGUGCAUGAAACAGCAGUAUUUUGUUACGGG